CGCUCGCUCUAAGCACAACACAUCGCCAUUUUCAGCGAACGGGCGCUUCUCCGCGGAGUAACUGGGUCAGAAGACCGACGGGAAAAUACUCGAAGCGAUCGUCACUAAAGCCUCCGAUCCGUGUCCGUGGAUCCGCCCGCCGCCAUCUCGUCGACCGAGAGCCAAUGAUCACGUUCGGUUGGGCCGCUCGGAUGAAGUAUUGGAGCGCGGGCCCAGGCUGAGGCGACACCGAUCACCAGCGAACCGACACCAGCAGCGCCACGACACAGGAUGAAGAGAGGCCAGAAGGCAGGUGAUGAUGCGGAGGAGGGCGGCGGCUCGGUGUCAGGCCCGGGCCCCGGGGCCCCUGAGCUGUGUAAGCGGCUCCGGAGGGCCGACUCCGAGGACGGGGCGGUGGACUGGAGGCAGCUGCCCGAGGAGAUCCUGCUGCAGAUCUUCCAGUACCUGCCUCUGCUGGACCGGGCCUUCGCCUCGCAGGUGUGCCGCAGCUGGAACCAGGCCUUCCACAUGCCGGAGCUCUGGAGGUGCUUCGAGUUCGAGCUGAACCAGCCCGCCAGCUCCUACCUGAAGGCCACGCACCCGGACCUCAUCAAGCAGAUCAUCCAGCGCCACUCCAACCACCUGCAGUACGUCAGCUUCAAGGUGGACAGCAGCACUGAAUCUGCAGAGGCGGCGUGUGACAUCCUCUCUCAGCUGGUCAACUGCUCUCUGAAGACCCUCGGGCUCAUCUCCACCGCUAGACCCUCCUUCAUGGAGCUGCCCAAAUCUCACUUCAUCUCUGCUCUGACGGUGGUGUUCGUGAACUCUAAGUCUCUGUCGUCACUGAAGAUCGAUGACACGCCGGUGGACGACCCCUCGCUCAAAGUGCUGGUGGCUAAUAACAGCGACACGCUGAAGCUGCUGAAGAUGAGCAGCUGCCCCCACGUGUCUCCUGCAGGCAUCCUGUGCGUGGCGGAUCAGUGUCACGGUCUGCGCGAGCUAGCGCUCAACUAUCACCUGCUGAGUGACGAGCUGCUGCUAGCGCUGUCGUCCGAGCGUCACGUUCACCUGGAGCACCUGCGCAUCGACGUGGUCAGCGAGAACCCGGGCCAGCAGUUCCACUCCAUCAAGAAGAGCAGCUGGGACGCCAUGGUGCGCCACUCGCCCAAGUUCAACCUGGUCAUGUACUUCUUCCUGUACGAGGACGAGUUCGGGCCCUUCUUCCGCGACGAGGUGCCGGUCACGCACCUGUACUUCGGCCGCUCGGUGAGCAAGGAGGUGCUGGGCCGCGUGGGGCUGACCUGUCCUCGUCUGGUGGAGCUGGUGGUGUGCGCCAACGGCCUGAGGCCCCUGGACGAGGAGCUGAUCCGGAUCGCCGAGCGCUGCGGCCAGCUGUCGGCCAUCGGCCUGGGCGAGUGCGAGGUGUCCUGCAGCGCCUUCGUGGAGUUCGUCAAGAUGUGCGGCGGCCGGCUCACGCAGCUGUCCAUCAUGGAGGAGGUGCUGGUCCCCGACAGCAAGUACGGGCCGGACGACAUCCACUGGGAGGUGUCCAAACACCUGGGCCGCGUCUGGUUCCCCGACAUGAUGCCCACCUGGUAGAAGCGCGCCGGCAUGCGUUCAGACGCUCUCCAGCCGCUGCGCCGGACACGCGUUCAUCACGACGCUAGCGCUCUCAGCGGAUACACACGCUUACCAGUCUGCUCUUUGAGUGUGUCGGUAGGAAACAUUCAUUCAGAAGCUAAGUGUAAUAAUCUGUGUCUGAUCAUCGCUUCAAGAACGACGUCUCUUUAUCAAUGAACUAAAGAAAAUCAACAUCUGGUGUGAUCCUCUUUUGUGUUUAAAGCAGCUUUAGUCUUCAGGAAGCGUCUCGGACUUCUUCAUGUCAUUCCAGACUGACUGAAGACCAUCAGAUCUCAGCGUGGAUGAUAAAUACUGAGAUGUGUUUCCUCCUGACACACUGCAGCAGAAGAUAGAGAGGAGUGUCUUUCAAGCAGCUCCUCUGCUGAGAACACUAGUGUUCUGAUGGUUCUGUGCAGCUCUCUGUAAAUGUACGUGUGUUUUGAUUCUCAGCAGCUCGUUUCGUUCUUGCUUCGCGUCUAAUAAAGACGACGCCAGGAUUUCAAGCACUUUUUACCAAAUGAAGUUUCAGCUCGAGGCGAAUCGGAUCACGUUUAGAUUCUUUUAUAUUUGCUCUUGUUGUUCAUUCCAGACGGAUGAGAAGCGCUCGGCUGCACGAUAACUCACUCUUUCACUCAAAGAUAAUCACACUUAUUCUUACUUUACUAUUUAGUGUUUUUUGUUUGUUUCAUCAGAAUUAAUAUAUUAUUUAUAGUGUAUUGUCAGAGUUAUUAUAAUAAUGUAAUUGUUGUGUUAUUAUUAUUAUAGAGCGCUCACAGAUCAGGAGCUUUUCAGAUUCAGGGUAUUUUAAUAGAAAUCACUAAAUUUCACGAACGCUUGUGAAAACCAGUGCUCGGCCGAUAUAAAGCCUUUGUUGUUUUUUUUAAUUUAUUCUAAUUAUAUUUAAGAAAUUCGAAAUGGUUAAAUGUAAAAUAAAUAGUACAGUCAAGUGAUUAAUCACCGUUUCUCAUCCAAAAUUAGUUUGUGUAUUUAUACAAGCAUAAUAAAAUAAACAUAUAUUAUCUAAACCAACUUGUUUCGGAUCAGAUUAAUCGUUUGACAGCAUUUUAAAAAAAAAACCCAGCAUACUUUAGAUGAUCCAGUUUUGGGUUUGACAGAACUGUUAAACGACGACAGAAUAAAAGUCUCGUACAUAUCUCCCGACGCAGAUAACUGAAAAAAGCCAAACAUCGGCCGAUAUAUCGGUUGACCUUCACGAGAGUAAGGAAGCGUUUCAGGAGAACUGACCCGAUGUGGCAGGACUGGAUGGAGAGAAGCUGAUUUAAAGGUGGUUUAUCGUGCAGCCCUGUUUCUGAGGAUUUCUCUCACAGAUGAGCUCGGUCAGUCAUCGACAUCUUUGCCGUUUGGCCACUGUCUGCCCGGCGGCGACGUCUUUGUGCGUCACUUGUUUGGCUUUCCGUCGUGCUGGAGUCGCUGGAGAGUGUUUCUGACGGACGUUAACGUCAGCGCCGCUCCUCCUCUUCAGUAGUUAUCAAGCAAUAUAUACAGACACGGAUCCCGUUCAGAUCAUUUCCCUGCACUUUAUAUAGAAAUGUAUUUUAGAAUUGUACAUACGAGAUUAUCGGUUGUGUCAAUAUUUCUCCUGACGGUUAAUAUUAUUUUCAUUGCAGUAAAGGAAUAGUGAGAUAAGCUUGUCAUGAAGCGUUUUUGUUAUUUCAGGCGUUCGGUCGCUCCGCUCCGUUCCAUGAUCGUUUCGUUUGUAUUUGACUGCAAAGAAGUUUCUCCGUAAAGACAAAACCCGAUGUGGUGUAAAUGUUUUUGUUGUUGUUUUGGAAUAAACUUUUGUGAAUGUAA